GUCGUCCGUUAAACGCUCGUCUGUCGCGCACAGGUAUCGUCGGUCGUCGGACGGUUAGGUGCGUUGCGUUACCUACGUAUUUUCGUUUCGCGAUUUUUCGACGAUAAUAACAACAUAAUACGUAUUAAUAUCGUACGUACGUUCAGUACGCCUCAUCGUAACGUCGUUUUUGAGCGGCACAAUACUAAUUUCCUCCAAUCGAAACCCGUACACGGCCGCCGGCGCGGGGCACGGUUCGUUAUAGCCGCGAAUUCGCCUAAUUCGUUAAAGUCGUUUUUGUUUCAGUUCGCUGUCGGUUUUCGACGGAAACGCGUUUGCGCGAUUCGCGCGGUCGCAAAUACAACGACGUGACGACAAUGAUGUGAUAUCGUCAAAACGCAGUACAACUCAGUGCGUAUACGGUGCGCGAACGAACCGCGAGAAUCCGCGACUGUCCGUAACAUGUAUCGUUAUUGCGGGACUACGUGUAGGUAGAGAAAGAAACGCCACGGAAAUGUGAUCGGGCGCGGGCGCAUCGUUUCGCCUUUUCCGCCCGUAUACGCUCACGCUAUACAAUCAUAAGACCGAUACGUUAUAUGGAUCAUUGCGAUGGCCUAUGUCGUUUGGCGAGUGUUGCGGAAGAAGUAUCUCAAAGUCAGAAGCGGAGUCACUCUGAACGGUUUGAUGACCACCGAGAGUAUAGCCAGCGGAACGGAUUCGCCGAGUACCGCGACUACGACGACGGCUAUGACAGCGACGGGCGCUGCGGUCGGCCAUUUCUACCGUCAGUUCUCGAAGAAAAACAAGAAGAACAACGACAAAAAGAACAACAACAGCAGCAACAACAACAACAACAACAACAACAACAGCAGCAGCAGCAGCAGCAGCAGCAAAAAAACACAUCGACAGGACGUGCGGGUCGCCGAGGUGGCGGCUACGUCGACGUCCGCCGCGCCGACCGCUGUCCCCGUCACCGCCGAGGACACCACAGCCGCCUCCGAGACUGCCGUCGCCGAACAACACGUCCAGGACCAGCCGGCCGCGGCCACACCGUAUAACCCGCGGCUCCGGCCGGCGCUCGCGGCCCAAGUGGUCGAAGCGCCGCCGUGGCUGGUGGCCGACCACUUCGUCACCGAACACGUCGCUCACGAACACGUGUCCGUGGUGCCGGAACCAGAUCACGCGGACCCGGUGCCGGCGGCGCCGGACGAACACGCCGCCUCGCUGCAGCCGGGACCCGCGACGGCCGUCUGCGGCAAAAGCCCGGCGGCGGUCGCCUCGUCGUGCGCGCACGAUCCUCAAUCAAAACUUAUUACUGUUCAACAACUCGUCGAUGAGUUUAUUGGACCAUACUAUGUGAAUUAUAGCGAAACACGUGCAGUUCUCGUGAGGCAAGCAAAACAGUUGCUGACAAACGUAUACCAAGAUGAUGUCGCUAACUUUCAUGGGUGUUUUUGUGUACCAGUCAGCGAAAUUCUCAAAAAAGUUGUAGAAACGUUCAGAAAAUAUCAGUGUUGCGACGUUUGGGCAGGGUGGCCGCUAAGCCACGGUCAGCGUGGUGUGCUGACUCAUCUGGUGGCGCCGAUCGGUUGCUGCUCGGGAGGCGCACCGCCGUCUGACGCGUACCUGUCGCUGGACGUGGCCAGUGCUGGGCUGACUGUGAACUGGGUGGGCGCGGGCGCCCGGCUCCGUAGCAGACUGUCCACCGAUACCGCGGCCAUGCUGGCCGGUGAUUUGCAACAGCUGAGCGCCACGCUCAAACACCUGGUAGCCGUGGUCGACAGGUCGGUGCACAGGGUGCCGCUCGACCGGAUACCGUACCCUUGUUAUGGAUGCCAAGACCGGAUGUGCCAGUCGCCGACGCGACGUCCGCGACAGACCUUUGCCACCGACAACGAUGACCGCAUAAAGGCCGCCUUGCAACAGCAGCACAGCAACGGUAGCAGUGUGUAUGAUGACGCCGACAACUCUAUACCACACAUCGACUCCGACCCGGAGGACUCGUCGAUCCAAGACAAACCCUACCCACCGGUCGACAACGAUGGCAUAACAGCUAUGAUACACCACCAGAAGCAGUCACAACAGUCCAUCAGAGUACCUAAGUCUAUUUGUGACCUAUCGGAAGACGUUCUCACAUCGGGAAUACAAUUUCCAGGAGCCGUGGACCGACAGGGUAAUGCGGUAAUAUUAUGGGUCGAAGGACAGUCUGAACAUAGCUCGGAAACCAUGUCAGACGUGAAUGCGGCAGAGCUUAUUUUGUACUACGCAUCUUUGAGAAACAGAAACGAAAGGAACUCGUCGGUGACCAUUUUGGUGCACGAGAACAGCUACACUAGCAUAGAAUUCGUUGAUUGUGUGCUGGAACUGAUAAAGCAUCAAGUUUCUGUGGACAAAGUAAUUUUUUGCACGAAGCGAGACGCAGAAGGAAACCGACUGAAAUACAGCCAAAUUCGGUGUUACGCCGUCAAUUCAUACAACGGGCUUCUAGAGUUCUUUGAAGACAGUCAGAUUCCGUCGGCUUGUGGCGGCCCGUACACACACAGCCAACUUGAAUGGAUUGAUUUCUAUAAGGAAUCGGAGAGACUGACUUAUUUGAGUCAGACUGCCGGAAAUCGACUCGUAACAGCCAUUGCAGAUAUGGGAAAUGUGCAACAAGAACGCAAUGCAAUAUCCAAAUUCUUAGACGACUCAGAUAUUAAAAAUUUACUUCAAGAUGCUAGACAGAGCAUGGAAAUACUCGUACAACAUGCGCGCUGGUUAAACGAAGAUAGAUUUGUGAUGUCGAGUUUCGAGGAUGUAAAGAAGUUUCACAGUGAAGUCGAGGGUGCCGCAGUCCGGUUGGAAGAAUUGCUAUUGCAGAAGAAAAAAAAAAUAAUGCAAGCCGCUAGAGUCAACGCUUUGGAGGCCGAAACUCAUGAGGUUCUCUCGUGGCUGACCAACAAAGGAGAGCAUGCGUUGGUUCAACAUGCCGAUUUGGCCAACAGUCUGCCGGCCAUCCGGCAACAGGAACAAGACUUUGAAAAAUUUUACUUCGUCUCCAUGCAAAAUCUCGAUAAAGCCGGAGAUUUGUUGGAAGAAGCAGGUCAAUGCAGCAAUGGCACCAGUCUAAAAGAUCUGGCAAAAUCUUUAAAGCAGCAUCUUAGAGGUUUUAGUGAUCGACUAGAAGAGACUCGUGAAAGACUCGAAGAUACAUCACGCUGUUUUUACUUACUCGAUAAGGCUUACGAUUGGGCUUUAGAAUGUAUGAAGUACAUAUCUGAAAAGCACGACACACGUAACGUCAAAGAACUGCGAAGAUACUUAAUGGCACAUCCGUCUCCCACUGCUCAACACUUCUCGGAGAUGAUGAUGUUGGCCAACAAGCUCAACAAUGAUAAACUAAUCAAACAGUGCAAGGUGGCCAUGGUAAGAUGCGAAGAGACCAACGACCAACUGAAGCACCUGUUGGGUCCGGAAACAUUCCCGACUAGUACUCCCUUGCCACCCAGAAGGACGUCCGCACCGGAGCACCAUGCAACAAAUGGUAACUCAACGGCGGACAACCACCAUUGUGGCUGGGUAGGCGCUACGGAGGAAAACUUUUAUUGCGAGACAGACCGGCUCGCGCUCAGUCAUAUCCCGUCUGCCAAUUGGACUUACAAUGAUGAAGAAGACGAGGAAAAACUGAGCUGCUCUCAUACGACUGAAGGGAGUGAUGAAAAUAAGAGUAAUGAAGAAAGCGACGACACUAAUUGUCCCGAUCUCGGUUGCAGCAAAAAUCAAAGUCUACCGCCUUUGUCCGUCAACAGUCAUCUGCACCACAUGUCUAACCUACAGUUGAAUAUGGAUUGCGGCACGCAAACACUUAAGUUACAAAAAACCGUAAAGCUGAUCAUGAGAGAAAUGAUACAGACAGAGCGGGAUUAUGUCAAGUCACUGGAAUACGUGAUAGAGAACUACGUUCCGAUGUUGCUCAAUGAAGAUAUACCACAAGCCCUGCGUGGCCAGCGCAACGUCAUUUUCGGUAACAUCGAGAAGAUCUACGAGUUUCACAGCCAACACUUCCUUAAGGAGCUGGAGAGACACGAAAACUGCCCAUUGCAAGUGGGAGAAUCUUUUCUAAAACACGAAAAGAAAUUUUACUUGUACGCACUAUACAACAAGAACAAACCGAAUUCGGAUUCGCUGAUGUCUGAGUAUGGUUCUGCAUUCUUUAAGGCAAAACAAUUAGAACUCCGCGACCGAAUGGACUUGGCCAGUUACUUGUUGAAGCCUGUGCAGAGAAUGGGCAAGUAUGCGCUGCUGUUACAGCAGCUCAUGAAAAUGGCUAAAGGUGACACAGAACACCUCCGGCUUGCCGAGAACAUGGUCAGGUUCCAGUUGCGACACGGCAACGAUCUGCUGGCCAUGGACUCGCUCCGGGAGUGCGAUGUCAACCUGAAAGAGCAAGGCCGACUUUUGCGGCAGAACGAGUUCCUCGUGUGGCAGGGCAAAGGCAAGAAGUGCCUGCGACAGGUAUUCCUGUUCGAGGAGCUCAUACUGUUUAGCAAGGCUAGACGAUUCCCCGACCAAACGAAUCUGGACUUGUACGUGUACAAGAACAGUAUAAAAACCAGUGACAUCGGGUUCACCGCCAAAGUCGGUGACAGCAACACGAAAUUCGAAAUAUGGUUCCGAAAACGCAAGCCGGGCGACACGUACACGUUGGUGUCCAUGUCCGAAGAUAUCAAACAGUCGUGGACCGAUGAGUUAUCCAACUUGCUGUGGAAACAGGCGCUACGAAACAGAGAGGUUAGGCUGGCGGAAAUGUCUUCUAUGGGAAUUGGCAACAAACCCUGUUUGGACAUCCGGCCGAGUGCGGAUCAAAUCAACGAUCGAUCCAUCACGUUCGCGCAGCUCAGUAAAACUGCCCCACGGUUCCGGAACUCGAUAGUGGCGUUGCCCUCGGACCUGGACUCGAUCGCCAAGCGGCCGCACUCGAUCAUAUCGGUGAGCAGCAGCAGCGCGGGCAGCAGCAACAGCAGCAGCGGCAGCAGCAGCAGCGGCGCGAGCUGUCGGAGUAGCGAGGGCGCCCGGCAGACCAGUCAGUGUUCCAGCCAGUCGACCGAGAGCGGUAUCGUGGCCGACUGGUACAGCCGGAACAGCCACUCGGGCAGCGUCGCGUCGGACACGCUCGUCCGGUCGCCGGCCGCCGCCGCCGCCAACAACAAUAACAACAACAACAACAACAGCAAGGGAUCGACGGCAAAGUCAUCGUCGUCGGGCACCGCGACCGCUGCCGCCGCGUCGGACUCGACGGCCGCCGCCGCCUCCACCGCGCGGCUAUCGGUCAAACUGUAGACGGGCCGCCAGACAGACAGACGAGACAGACAAGACAGACACUCGCUAUAUAAUACUAUUAUAUAGAUUUUUUAUUUUAAUCGUAUUCCCAAAGGAAAUCAAUAGUUACCGGAUCAAUCCACAUCAUUUUUUUUUGUUUCGUCUUCGCCUAUAUAUAUAUAUAUAUUAUACUCUCGUAGAGACGCCCUGCGAGACACUCCGUUGUUGUUAUUAUUUUUAUUUUAGUUUUUUAUCUUUAACAAAAAAAAAAAAAACGAUUUGAAUUCAUUUUCUAUAAUGUAUCGCAUCGUUCGCACCGUUAUGACGACGACUGCGCGACGACGAUGACGAUGAUAUAGUCUAUAGUUAUUUACACGUAGAUACGUACCUUUGAUUGUUUAAGGUUUAUUUAAGAUAAAUAUUUAUUGUUAUUAUUAUUAUUAUUAUUAUUACGAUUAUUGUAUAAUCGGUGCGGACGUGCGUACCGGACGAGACGAAUGUUUUGGGUCGUCCGGUACACGGACUGUGUACUGUGUAAUAGUUAUAUUUUAUGUGUUGAGAGAUAAUCUAGACCACGGCGCCUAAUAUUAUUAUUAUUAUUAUUAUAUAUUUUCUAUUAGAUAUAUAUCUAUAAAUUUAUAUAUAUAUGCAUACAUAAUAGUAUGUAUAAAUUUAUAGAUAUAUAUGUAUACUCAAAAAUAGAUCUCCUUCGACUUUCUUACUUGAAUCUAUCCUCAGAGAAUAAACAAUGUGUGUUUUACUUAAAUUUUCAAAUUAUUAUUAUUACAUCAAAAUUGUAUUUGUUGCUCAAAUUUAAUACAAAUCGUAAUUACAAAUAUCACCGAUUUUUCAAACAGUUUUAAAAAAUAAUCUAAUUUGCAUGUGUGUAUGUUUAAUUAUAUAUAUAUAUAUAUUAUGAACAAUUAGUAGCAUAUUUAGACUAUUUAAAACUUAAACGUAAAUUGUUUUAAAUAUAAACUGUUCUUUUUUUUUAAAAAAAAAAAAAAAUUGUAAUGAGGAAUUCGGAAGGUAUUUGGUAUUCAUUUAUUUUUCCUAGUAAAAUAUAGAUGAUGAUCUUUUCGGACGCCUAACUUCAGCGUUAAAAUUUAACGGUUUAUAUUUAAAAUGUUUUCAUUUAAGGAAUAUGAAUGUUUGUUGUGCAUUUCUUUUUAGUUUUGUAUAUUAUAAUAUUAAACUAUCAUAUGAUAGUAAUAUAUCUAAAUAGUACCUAUUUAAUAACCUAUUUAUUUAUUUAUUUCUUAUUAAUUCGACAAUUAAUGACAAAAACAAAGUUUUCACGUGUAAAAUAAUACAAUUUGUUUUGAAAAAGAGCUGCACUCGAUUAUUAUAAGAUAUUAUAUUGCAUAUUAUAAGCAUGUACUUAUUAGUAUAAUAUUGUAGUGAGUACUAAAAAAAAAUGUUUUCAAUAAUUUUUAUUUGUGAAUUUUUUUCUUUGUCUUUUUUUUUUAUUCGUAGCCUAUUUAAAAGUAUUGAAGUAAGUUUGAAUGAUUUUACUCAUAAAUGUAAUUUUAAUAAUCAUAAUUUUUGUUAGGCGUAUUACAGAACUGAUUUUACAGGGUGUCAUUUUCGGCAUUAUAGAAAUGCCGGCAUUAAAUUUGUCUAUUAAAAAUAAAUUCUAAUUUAAAAAAAAUAUAUGAAUAAUAUGUUAUGUUAAUGUGAUGUUGAACGUGCCUUAAUCACCCAAAUAUAAUUAAUAAAGACUUAAACACGUGUGUCUGAAUUUAAUGGUAGUUUUACUUAUUAUUUUAGUAUUAUUUUUUACUUCAUAAUAUUUUAUAAAAUAAUAAAAUAAUGACGACAUCCAACGUGUUUUCUAUCAUUAUGAUUAUUAUUAUUGUAUUUGUACCAAAACCUAACACUAAGCUUUGUAUUUAUAAUUAUAUAGAUAACUAUUCUAAGUUUAGAUUGUAAAGUUCCAGUUUCAAUCAAAAUCAAUUAUACAUUUUUUUUUUUUUUUUAUAAUAUUGUUUUGAAAUUAUAAUUUUUUAUAAUACAAAUAAAUCAUUUUGUUUUAACUUUUGAA